AGCCAGCGAGGAAGGCCUGUGGACGCCCAAUGCGGAGUAGGCCGAAUGUCGCAGGAGUAGUUUCGCUCAUUUUCCUCGACGGCUUGCUGCUAACCCUUUUGCCCGUGGGGCAUGCCCCUCCACUACUUACCUGAUUCUCCCCUAGCCAUAAAUACCCAAGAGACAGACCGAGUCGAGUCUCAGUUCGCCGGCCGCGACUAGCCUCAGCAGUAUACCAUCUACAUCUGAGAGGUUAUAUUUUUGCUACAACCGUUUCCAGACUCCCCCGACUCGUGUCGCGACACCUGUCUGGAAACUUACGCAGCAUCUUAAUCGAUGCUUGACUUGCGGCGUAUCCUCCAACGUUAAUUCUUUCCUGCAUCCGUUUACAUUCUUUGUGAACGCGCCUUUUGCUUUUGUUCUCACCCCGCCUAACCUUUCAAGGCACCACUUUGUCUGAUUCUCAAACACCUUCCCCGUCCGCUUCAUCCACUUCAAUUCCCACUUCAACCCCUAGUCCAACCCCUACUUCAAUAUCUACUUCAAUAUCUACUUCAAUCCCCAGUUCUAAACCGGUUCUGACUUCUUCUAUUUCAUUCUCUGUCUCCCAAUCUAUGUCAACGCCUGUAUCUUCACCAGAAUCAUCUCCAUCUCCGUCUUCAACGCCCGUCACUGACUCUGUUCCUUCUUCUUCCGCUCCCCCUUCCACGCCUCCACCCACCUCGUCUGCUGCGCCCACUUCUUCUGCUGCGCCAUCAUCUAUGUCUUCAGCUCCAGAAUCCUCACCGCCGAUCACCUCACCCCCAACCUCGGCAGCUCCAACCUCGGUAUCUUCAGUGCAAGACGAUACAACCACUCCACCCAGCACCAUGUCGUCGCCUACAUCGGAACCGCCUACGUCUGAACCGACAUCGCAACCUACGUCACAACCGCCUACCUCCCAACCACCUACCAGUCAACCUACCUCUCAACCCCCUACAAGUCAGCCUACGUCUGAACCUCCCACUAGUCAACCGACAUCGCAGCCGCCGACAAGCCAACCGACCUCGGUACCACCGACAAGCCAACCAACGUCUCAGCCGCCAACGAGCCAACCUACGUCAGAGCCACCGACAAGCCAACCUACAUCUCAACCUCCUACUAGUCAACCGACUUCACAACCUCCUACGACCGAGCCCACUUCUGCUCCUCCGACAAGUCCUCCGACCUCUAAUCCGCCAACAACUUCAAUCAGUACCACAACCACUCCUGUAGCGGCCGAUCGUGAGAGUUCAACAUCGACCACACAUGCGACUACUACGUUUAGUUCGAUUAUAAGCGUCACAGUAACGAGCUCAGACGGACAGGUGCUUACCACAGCACCUCCUCUAGUGACACAGACGGUUACUACCACUGGUCCGGACGGACAAGCUAGCAUCGUCACGAUCGUUGGCAGCAAUCCGACGCCUAUUAGCGAUGGCGGAGGGUCUGGCUCAUCGUCGCAGUUCUUCCGAAAUAAAGGCGCCGUUGCAGGUGUUUUUCUCAUAGUUGGUUUGGCAGCAGCAUCCAUCUUUCUCUUCUUGUUCUUCUUCAUCCGACGACGCAGACGUACUCGUAGGCUCGAACAUGACACCGCCGUAGCAUCAACUCUCGCUGCAGCAGGCUUCAACCGUGCACCUGUGGAUGGCGAUGACGACGACCAAAGUCCAGGUAUGCGGCAAGUUGGAGGUGAUAGAAGUCCAUUUGGGGCAGGUACUGUGAAUUCUCUCCCGAGCACAAGUAAUCACACCACAACGGGAAGCGGCGGUGGACGCCCUCCGUCUGGUUACAUGGACGAUCCCAGUGCGGCGUCGACACCACUUCGUGGCGAAUUCGACCCCUAUGCUGCUUAUGGCACCGUUCACCCUCCUGCACCAACUGCUAUCGUCGGUGGGGGUAGGAAAGAUGGGUAUAUGCCAGCACGGACAAGCAGUCCCCCUCCUGGUGGCGGACCAACUCAUAGUCGUCAAGCUAGCUUCAGCUCUAGCUCGGGCCAUAUGAUGGGAGGUCAUAUAACGAGGGAGAGUGCUGGUAGUUUUGAGCCGUUGUUGAGUGCAUAUAGGCAAGGUAGUGGAAGUGGUGGUGCAUCACCGCCGAGAACACCUGGUGCGAAUGUGAGCUCAGACAGUGGUCCGCCGCCUUAUGUACCGCCGAGAAAUCCUGCGAGGACUGGGAGUCGGGGUGGAGAGGGAUCUUCGGAGGCAGGGCAUUCUGGUGGCGGACAGGUGCCCGGGGCUGGGGAUAGGCAACGAGAUAGUGCGAGUUCGGUGUAUUCUGACGCGGGUGAUCAGUUGGUGGAUCUGACGCCAACUGCCAGACUCGAGAUUCGAAACUUGCCGGAUGGUCAGACGGCCGGUGCAGAUAUCUCAAGGGAACCCUCGCGACGGCAGUGACACCUGUCUUCACGACUGUGAACCCUCGUCAAAAUUCACCACUUGAAGCGAUAGCUUUGGUGGAACCUGGACCUCGGGAUAUACUGACUUAAUCCUUGUUCAGUUCUAUGUCUUUGGACUCUGGGACUCUCAUCACUUUGUUUCUUAUUUUCUGUUUUGCAUUUAGACAUUGCAUUCACGCAUUCCUGCUAUAUUUCCCUCUCGUGUACCUCGUAUCAUAACUUUUCUUGCUCUGUUCUCAUGAUUUUCAUGCUGUAACGACUUAACUUACCCAUCCUCAUCCUCAUGGACAUCGCUCAUUCCAUCCUUAGUAGGAGACGGACUUUAAGUAGUAGUUAGUCACUCACUCAUUCAUCACCCACUGUCGUAUAUACUUAUCUGUUUUGCCCUGCUGAAGUUCGGACUCUUUUACUUAUGUGGUGUAUGUAGCCAGCUUCAUGUGCCCUCCUCUAGACUUUAACGGGUGGGCCAUGAAUUGUAACGCGCGGCGCCUCUGAUAUGAAAAGCAUCUGCUUGGUUGAAGAAGAG